ACCAACCGGAUAUAGAAUUCAGCUUCCGGCUUUCGAGUUGAAGCCGGGUAAGAUGGCGUCUCAACAGCAGCAGCAGCCCGGCGGGCCAAUGUUGCAGCCCGGAUUGCAGGCUACUUCAUUACAACAACAGCAACAACAACAACAGCAACAGCAGCAAUUGAGCCAACAGCAAGACUUUGAUCCAGUACAUCGAUUUAAGAUUCUUAUCCCACAGUUGAAAGAGAGUCUGCAAAACCUCAUGAAGAUCGCAUCCCUCAAUUUGGCCCAUAACACUACGAUUGACAACGCCAUCAAAAGCAGCGACACCUCCGUUCAGCGCUUCGACAAGAGCCUCGAGGAGUUCUACGCCCUCUGUGAUCAACUGGAGAUGUGUUUGCGGCUGGCUUACGAGUGCCUCUCCCAGAGCAUCGACAGCGCCAAGCAUUCGCCCAACCUGGUUCCAACCGCCACCAAGCCGGACACGGUGCAGACGGAGUCCAUGUCGUACGCCCAGUACCUGGGCAUGAUCAAGUCUCAGAUCUCCUGUGCUAAAGAUAUCCACAACGCUUUGCUGGAGUGCUCCAAGAAGAUCUCCGGGAAGGGACCGCCUCAGGGAAUCAUGUAGUGCCCGAGUCAACUACUCUUCAUCUGGUGACAUUUUUGAGAAGAAUGAUCCAUUCCAUAUUUGGGCCCUUCCCAUAUUCACAUCCACUUUUUGUUCAAGAUACUGUUUCAUUUCCCAACAUCCUGAUUAUUUGGUGAUGAUUUUUGUUUUUUCAAAUAAGUUGAGUCUUGUAAACGCUGUGUAAAUAAUCAAGAUAAAGUCAUGUUCUAAGAUGACCAGAAGGUGGUGGCAGAGUUGUACCUGCAAACUCCAUAUUCUUUAAUAAGUAUUUUGUAGCUCAUUUGUAUUGAUUAAAACAUUUUUUUACAGUUUUUUGUGUUGAUACAAAAGAGUUUCAACUAAACAGGUAAAUUUAA